UUAACUAUCCUUGAACAAAUAACAACAAAUAAUUAAGGUUCUCGAGGAAGUACAAUACAUAGUUCUUUUCCUCUUCGGUCCUUCAAUCCGUGCAAGGAAAUUUCGUUGAAUUCCACGCAACGACUACUUCGGAUCUAAGGAAACGCUUAAACAGUAAUCAGUUUGCUUGCGAAGACUACUCAGUACUCACACGAACUCUUUUCCUUCAACCACGCGUUUUUUUCGUAACAGAAGUCGUUACACAUACAUCUCUCUCUCUCUCUCUCUCUCUCUCUAAAGCCUCUUCCAUUUCGCUCUCCUCGAAGUUCACACUCCAUUAAUGGCUGCAGCGACCACCAUUACCACCACGACUGAUAAGCCUGCUCCAUCCACGCCCAGAAGAGUUUGUUUCUCCUUCGCAGCGUACGCCAAGAACGUAAUCGACCACCUCAAGAAAUGCAAGAUUCCUAUCUCCGAUGGUCUCAGCGAAGAAGAAUUCUCAUCGAUCGAGUCUUCCUUCCGCUUCACUUUCCCUCCAGAUCUCCGUUCUAUCCUUCGAGAAGGACUUCCAGUGGGUCCCGGCUUCCCCAACUGGAGAUCAUCCUCGCCUCAGCAACUGGAGAUUCUCAUGAAACUCCCGAUCAUGGGAAUCGACAAAGAGAUAACCAGAAACAACUUCUGGUGUCCUUUUUGGGGCGAUGAGCCUCUUAACCCUAAGGAAGCCUUAACUAUGGCCAAGCGUUUCAUGAAGAAAGCUCCUCUUCUCGUUCCUAUUUACAGGCAAUAUUACAUACCUUCACUUCCGAAUCUUGCCGGGAAUCCUGUCUUCUUUGUCCAAGGUGUAAACUUCCAUUACUCUGGCUGCGACGUAGCCGGAUUCUUCCAAAACGUUGAAUUCCGUCGGAAAAGCAACAUUCCGAGACCAUCUGAUUUGUCCGAAUCGUCGACCAUGGAGGCUCCGGCAUGGGCCGCGAAAGCCGCGAGGAGAAUCGAAUUCUGGUCUGACUUGGUGGAGAGUGGGGGCGGCGGCGGUGGGGGCGGUGGGAGUAGGAGGAAGAGGGAGGCGUCGAAAUUGAAUCAUUUUCUAGAAGAAAUGAGCCGGACACUGAUGAGAGGAGGAUGGCGUGAGGAAGAGGUGAAGGAGAUGAUGAUGACGACGAAUAAUUCAAUGGACGGUCAGGAUGAUGAGGAGAAGCAUAGAUUGGUGUUGACGGAUACAGGGAGUCUGGCAAAGCACUUGCGGUUAAUGUCGUUGACGUUGCUUCGAGCCGGAUGGACCAUCGAUGACGUGGCCUAUUCUCUUGGCGUCCAUCCUCAUCAACAUGAAGCCCUGGACGACUAGUCAUCCUCUUCUCCCUCCUCUUCUAAUGAAUAGGAUCUACGUGGGUCCCACACGGACAUAUUGUCCACGUAUAGAUGAAGAAAAUUAGAACCGACCCAAAUACGACAUUGAUCGAAAGUUGGUUUGGUUUGAUAAUUUUUGGGCCCACUUUGAAUUCUUGUGUUUUUGGGCCCACUUUGAAUUCAAUGUAGUGUAAAUUGGAUGGGUAAGUGAUUGAUAAACUUGUAUGUAACAAACUCAUUUUAAAUUCAAUUUAUAGCCACAAAUAAAGACCGAAAGCG